GUGAGCCAAUAUCAAACGAAAAGUUGUGUUCGGUAAAUAGCAGCAACAGUCUCUACGUACUCCCCGAUGGCUUGCUUGAAGUUGUUCAGUGUGGUCUGUCUGGUGGUGCUGGCGGCCACCAACGCAAUCGGUGCCGGAGUAGCAACCCGCGCCUGUACCGGAGGGCGGCCAGCCCCAACGGAGGUACGUGUGGAGGGUUGUACGGUUCCUCCGUGUGACCUGGUGCGUGGAUCCGAUGCCAUUAUGGACAUGGACUUUACGGCCCCGUUUGCGGCGGCCAACCUGCGCACGCAAGUGGUCGCUACGGCACUGGGCGUAACGGCACCGUUCGAGCUUCCGGCGGAUCGGGCUGCUGCCUGCAAUUGGUUGCUGAAUACCCAGUGUCCGGUCAGCGCCAACGAGGACAUUACCUAUCGGUUGAGCAUGCCCGUACUGCUGGUGUAUCCGCGCGUUAGCCUUACGGUGGAGAUCGAUCUCGUGGAUGAUGCUGGGCAGUCGUUGGCGUGCUUCGAGCUUGAUGCACGUGUCGUUUCCGGUCGUGCUGUUUAAGAUGGAAAGAGUAUUUUGCUGAAGGUUGGAACCAAAUAUAACAAAAAUGUGAGGAAUUGUU